CCCGCCGGCACAGGCCUUUUCCACACCAAAGAACCAACUAUGUCGCUCUGUAAAACCCGCUUGCAGGAAGAAAGAAAGCAAUGGCGGAAGGACCAUCCGUUUGGAUUUUAUGCCCGCCCCAAGAAAGCUGAGGACGGCGGCUUGGACUUGACCCACUGGGAGGCGGGGAUCCCCGGCAAGCCAAACACGCUCUGGGCAGACGCCACAUAUCCCAUCACCAUCACCUUUUCCGAGGAGUACCCGUCCAAGCCACCCAAGGUCAUGUUCCCCCAGGGCUUCUACCAUCCAAACGUGUACCCCAGUGGCACGGUGUGCUUGUCCAUAUUGAACGAAUCGCAGGACUGGCGCCCGGCCAUCACGUUGAAGCAGAUUGUGUUGGGCAUCCAGGAGCUUCUCAACACCCCCAACCCGGACUCUCCGGCCCAGGAGCCGGCCUGGAAGGCCUUCAGCAAGGACCGCGCCACAUACGACAAGAAGGUGCGGGAUCAAGCCAAGAGAUACCACACGCCGAACUAG